AUGAAAAAGAAAAGACAAUCUUUUUAACAUGAUUUAUAAAAUAAUAAGAAAUAACCUAGUUCUUAUGAUGAUUAAGAUAAUACUUAAAACAAUGUGACUUAACUUAUUAAAAGAAUGAAAUUUAGAGAAAUAGAAGAAUACGAAAUUCAAUAAUUUAUAUCAUCUCAUAAUGAAUAAAAGUUUCUAAUGAUUACAGGUUAACCUGGAUGUGGAAAAACUAUGUUAUUAACAAAAUGUAUAAAAUAAUGGCAGAAUAAUUAUAUCACUAUCUAUAUUAAUGCUAUGUAAUGUAAAAAUUAUCUAGAGUUCUUAAACAUUUGUAAAAAACAAUUGAAUAUUAAGAACUCUUCUGGCAAAUAAUAACCAAGAUAAAUUAUUAUGGAUAAACUUAAAGAGUUAAAUACGUAUGAUUAAUAAUAAUCAAUAGUAUCAUCAUAAUUGAUGAAUUUGACAAUUUAUUCAAAGUAAGUGAAAAGGAAGCCUUUGAUUUAUUCUCAUUAUCCAAAUAUGCUAUCAUUAUUGGAAUUAGUAAUGAUAUAGAAUUUUUAUAAACUUAAUCUGUGAGAUACAAAUUUUAGCUUCCUUUAUAUAAAAAUUUAAUUCUGAAACCCUAUACAAUUUAAUAGUUAUAAGAAUUAGUUUUAGAUAUUCUAAAAUAAAUGGAAAUAUUGUAACAAUAUAUCCCUUUAUAUAUAGAAAAUACGAUGAAAAUGCUAUCAAAUUGUUAACCACAAGAGCCUAUAAUGAUAAAGGAGGAGAUAUGAGAAAUAUAUUAGACAUUAUCAAAAGAACUUUAAGAGACAAUAAUGAAAUAACAACAGAUGCUGUCAAUAAAGAAAUAGGUAUGAGUGUAAUUGAUAACAAAAUGAAGAGCGUUGUCACAACAUUGACUUUACAUCAACAAAUAAUUCUAUUAGGAAUUACUGCCUUAUUAAAAAGAGAUUCAGUUUAACUUGAUAUAGAUUUAUAAGAUCUUAUACGCAAGGUUAAUGAAAUAAAAUAUAAAAUGAGUUUACCAUUGAGUGUUGAUUUUGAAGAAGAUCUCAAUUUAUUAAAAGAUUAUAAUCUAUUAUCUAUUAAAGAAAUCAAAUCAUAAAAAAUGGGUUUUAAGUAUAUAAUAAAGAAGAUUUAAUGUAAAUACACUGCAGAAGAAUUGAAAUAUUAAUUAUCUGAUAUGGAUGCAUUUAAAAACAUUAUAGAAUAAUUUUGA